AUGGCGGCCAUUAUGACUGAAAACUUUGAAGAUCACCUCACAGAAGAACCUGAGUUUUGGUCUGAGAAAUUUGAUGAUYUUUUUCAAGAUUUUCCAACAACAGAGCAACCAUUACCAGCUCCAAGUGCCAAAUCAUCUUUCACAAAAAAGCUUACAGCUCUUCUACAGUGGUUUGCUUUGUUUAUUCUCCUCUGGCAAGCUAACUGCAAAAUCAGCGAUAACGGGCUUGAAUGGCUUCUUCGAUUUCACCUUCAGUUCAUUCACUUGAUUGGUACAACAUGUAACUGUGAAUAUCUCAUAGAACUCUGCAGUAUUUUUCCAACAUCAAUAUACAUUUUAAGACAGCUGGUGAGAUUUGAUAGAGAUGAUUUUACUAAGUAUGUGGUCUGUCCAAAAUGCUCAACUUUGUAUACUCAGGCAGAAUGUACUCAAAUCAUUGGUGGGAAGACUGUGYUAAAAUGSUYUACGCACAAAGCCUUUAAAAAAGGGAGAUGUGCUAAAGAAUGCGGUGCUAGUUUGGCCAAGAAAGUAGUGUUAUCAGAUGGAAAAGAAUAUUUCUACCCCCUCAAGACAUACUGCUAUAACAGUGUGAUAAAUCAAUUGGAGACUCUGUUGAAAAGGGAUGGCAUUCCUGAAAAAUGCGAUGAAUGGCGUAAUCGUCAAGCUAAAGAUGACACAUACUGCGACAUCUAUGAUGGGCAGGUCUGGAAAGAUUUUAUGAAA